AUGUGUCGGGUAAAAGAAAAUCUGCCGGGAAGCUUCGCGGAAGCUCGCUUCCCGCCACGCUCUUCCCUCCUUCUUAAGCUCCGUCGAAUCCAUGGCGGAGACGGGGAAGAGGAGAGGAAGAGGAAGAGGAAGGCGGAGAAGGCAGCGAACGCUUCCACCAUGAAGCUAUGCGUGCCAUCCUUCUUAGCCUCCCAUUCAAAGAAGGGAAGCAAGAACUCCUCCUCUCGCCGCUGUUCCGCCGCCGGGUCCUCCGACGGCGACUCCUCCACCUCCUCCUCCCUCUUCCGCUCCGCCCUUCUCCCCUCCUUCUCCGCCCGCGAGCUCGAGGCUGCGCUCCGCCGCCUGGGCCCCGUUAAAACCGCCUCCGGCGUCGACCUCACCGAGGCCGAACUCGCAGCGCUGCUGGCGGAGCCGUUGCCGCCGGAGGCAGAGGGCGAGCUGCGCGAAGCCUUCGCAGUGUUCGACGCCGACGGCGACGGGAAGAUCUCCGCGGAGGAGCUGAGGAGCGUGCUCGACAAGCUGGGGGACGAGGCCUGCUCCCUGGAGGACUGCCGCCGGAUGAUCCACGGCGUCGACACCGACGGCGACGGCUUUGUCUGCUUCAACGAUUUCGCCCGCAUGAUGGACGGCCAGCGAUGCUUCUGAGGGCAGCGAUUUGAACUGGAGAAAGCAGUUAAACAGGAAUCUUCAUCUUGUAAAUGAUUGAAACAAAAUGGAAUACAAAAUUCAGUACUUCUCUAA